CAUGCGCAGUCUAUGGAAAUCGGGACUUAGUCUGUUACACAACUGGUGUUUUCUCCAUUCUGCCUUUUUGCACCUCACCGGCUACUGCUCUCAACACAUUUCACAUUUAAUUUUAAAAUAAAGAACCAGGAAAUGAGCGGGGAUCAACUCCACAAUGACUCACAGAUCGACUCUGGAUCUCGGACCAAUGAUUCUCACAAACACAAAGACAAGCAUAAGGACCGAGAACACAAACACAAAGAUCACAAGAAGGACAAGGAACGAGAGAAAUCAAAGCACAGCAACAGCGAACACAAGGACUCCUCAGAAAAGAAAAACAAAGACAAGGAUAAAGUAAAGCACAAAGAUGGCAGCUCAGAAAAACACAAGGAUAAACACAAAGACAAGAGAAAAGACGAGAAGAGCAAGUCCUCCAGCGGGGAAACCAAGAUCAAAAAGGAAAAAGAAAACGGGUUUGCCAGCCCUCCUCAAAUCAAAGCAGAGCCAGAGAGUAACCAUUGCCUCUCCCCGAAACACAACAAGUCAUUAAAGAGGGAACGAGAUGACGAUGACACCGACUUUAAGCCCAAAAAAAUCAAGAUCGAAAACGAAAAGAAGGCAAAAAAGAGAAAACAAGACCAGGAGGAUAUCAAACCCAAAAAGAAGACCAAGGACAAAAGAGGAGCUGCUGCUGAUGGCAAGAAGAGAGUAAAGAAAGAGCCAGAAGAGAAAUGGAAAUGGUGGGAGGAGGAGCGAUACACUGAUGGAGUGAAAUGGAAAUUUCUGGAACACAAAGGACCUGUCUUUGCACCCGACUAUGAGCCUCUGCCUAGUAAAGUCAAGUUUUAUUAUGACGGUAAACCUAUGAAGCUGAGUCCACAGACAGAGGAGGUUGCCACAUUCUUUGCUAAAAUGCUGGACCACGAAUACACUACCAAGGAUAUCUUCCGGAAAAACUUCUUCAAAGACUGGCGGAAGGAAAUGACCUCCGAAGAAAAGUCCAUCCUCACUGACCUUAAGAAGUGUGAUUUUACAGAGAUGUCCGAGUACUUUAAGGCGCAGUCAGAAGCCAGAAAACAGAUGACUAAAGAAGAAAAGCUGAAAAUCAAAGAGGAGAAUGAGCGACUCCUGCAGGAAUACGGCUUCUGUGUCAUGGACAACCACAAAGAACGCAUCGCCAACUUCCGCAUCGAACCUCCCGGGCUGUUCAGGGGCAGAGGGGACCACCCCAAGAUGGGCAUGCUCAAGAGACGCAUCCAGCCCGAGGAGAUCAUCAUCAACUGCAGCAAAGACUCUAAGAUUCCACCGGCCCCGGCUGGACACAAGUGGAAGGAGGUGAGGCACGACAACAAGGUGACGUGGCUGGUGUCAUGGAACGAGAACAUCCAGGGCUCCAUAAAGUACAUCAUGCUGAACCCCAGCUCCAGGAUCAAGGGAGAGAAGGACUGGCAGAAGUAUGAGACGGCCCGGAAGCUGAAGAAAUGCGUCGACAGACUCCGGAACCAAUACCGCGAAGACUGGAAAUCCAAGGAAAUGAAAAUCCGCCAGAGAGCCGUGGCUCUGUACUUCAUUGACAAGCUGGCUCUGAGAGCAGGUAAUGAAAAGGAGGAAGGAGAGUCUGCUGACACAGUGGGCUGCUGCUCGUUGCGAGUGGAACACAUCAAGCUGUACCCCGAGAUGGACGGCCAGGAGUUUGUGGUGGAGUUUGACUUCCUGGGAAAGGACUCCAUCCGCUACUACAACAAGGUUCCUGUGGAGAAGAGGGUCUUCAAGAAUCUUCAGUUAUUUAUGGAAAACAAGCAGCCUGAAGACGACCUCUUUGACAGACUCAAUACCUCCAUCCUGAACAAACAUCUUCAAGAGCUGAUGGACGGACUGACGGCCAAAGUGUUCCGUACCUACAACGCCUCCAUCACGCUGCAGCAGCAGCUCAAGGAGCUGACCAACCCUGAUGAGAACCUCCCUGCAAAGAUCCUGUCUUACAACCGAGCAAACAGAGCCGUUGCUGUUCUUUGUAACCAUCAGAGGGCGCCACCGAAAACCUUUGAGAAAUCCAUGCAGAACCUGCAGACCAAGAUUGAUUCCAAGAAGGACCAGAUUUCUGCGUCACGGAGAGAACUGAAGAGCGCCAAGGCUGACGCCAAAGUCCGGAGAGAUGAGAAGACCAAAAAAUGUGUUGAGAGUAAGAAGAAAGCCGUUCAAAGAUUAGAGGAACAGUUAAUGAAGCUUGAAGUGCAGGCGACAGACAGAGAGGAGAACAAGCAGAUCGCUCUGGGAACAUCCAAACUGAACUACCUGGACCCCCGCAUCAGUGUGGCAUGGUGUAAGAAGUGGGAUGUACCCAUUGAGAAGAUCUAUAACAAAACCCAGAGGGAGAAGUUUGCCUGGGCCAUCGACAUGGCGGAGGAAGAUUAUGAAUUUUAAUCUCGUUCACAGUUUUACUUUUUUUUUUAUUUUAUUUUUUUUUAGCCUAAUUGAUUUUUUUUCUUCCGCCAAGCAGGUUGACCUGGCAAGAGAAAGAGGGGACAGGAACUUGACAGGCCUGAAGCCUUUGCUUGUCGGGGGCAGGUCAAAUAAGGGGGUUUGGGGUGGGGGGGCUAAACUGUUCUCAGUUUCAAGGAGAGGGCAAUUGUAGCAGACUAAUCCCCCUCCCUCCUAAACCUGCCCCCAUCAUCAUUACGGUGCGACUCCAGUUGGGGGCUAUGGUUUAUCAGAUUUGUUUUCCCUGCUCUCAAGGUCGCAACUUAAACUCUGUGGUCCUUAUCGCUACUGUGUACAGCCAACUGUGUGUGUGUGGGUGUAUUUUAAUAUUUUAUUUGGUCUCGCCGUUGGAUUUUUGAUAACUUCUGUAUUUUAAAAGACAAACGAAGAAUUACUCAACUUCCACACACACACACCACACAAGAGAGAUAGCCCUUCCUUGGGUUAACUCAUGCUUUGUAAUAACUGGCCACAAAGCAGUGCGUAUGUAGUUGUGCGAAGGUGUAUUUUAUUAAUUUUAAACUGAACUUGGAACUCUGUGGCUAGUAGACCCAAAAAUGUGAAGGUCAGGAAGGUAACCAGUAUAUUUAGGAUAUUUUUUACCAUUUUAGAUUUCAGAAUGUGAAUCCCCGGACUUAUAUUCAAAUGUGAAUAGUAGUUUUCUUUUUAAUAAAUAGCAGUUUCCUGUCCUUCUUAUCUUGGGACGUUCCACAGUGUUCCGAGCCUCCAGGCAGUUUUAACUUAACAUUUUGUUUUGAGGACAGUUUUAAACUACAGACUCCCAUGUCUGUUACUUGAAAAUGUUAUUGUAUAGUUGCGGGCUGGGAGGGAAUACUUUUUUUUUUCUCAUGGGUCAGAUACAUAAGUGAGGGAUCCAAAUGUUUGCCAAAAAAGUAUAUAUAUAUAUAUCUAAGAUACAACAAGUUAGGGCUUUUAUUUUUUGUAAUUGUGUAAAGAUUUGAAGAAAAAAUGAACUUUUAAAGAGGGUUUUAAUGUGAAAUAAUUGUUCCUCUGGAUCAGUUUGUUUUAGGAGCAUCGUUUUAGUGUCACUCAGCCGCUGUCAUCAGUUUAUCCCUUACUGUCUGCUUCUGAAUCAUGAUUUUCUUUUUUGUUUUGGGGGGGGUCCAUGUAGGCUAUUUAAAAAUAAAAAUCCUACAAAUCCAAA